GACCAACGUGGUGGAUGCUCAUCAUUUAUUGGUCCAAUUACUCGCUGGGGGCGCACUUUAGAUACAAACUAAGAACGUCGGGUCGCGGUCUCUCCUUACAUCAGAGGAACUUCUGAGGGAUCUAAAACGUAAUUUGGACUUGUCUCACCAUCCUAAACUGCGAAUUGCUUGGAUUGACCCGCUCAUUUGCCUCACUUUUGAGCUAAACCAAUCUUCCCACCAAAGAGGUUCCGCCGUUCCAUCUCGUGUAGAUUUCGACGUGCAUUCCAGAACACACAUCCACCGUACACUGGAGAAGGAUCGUCCGGGUGAGCUGUUUGGCGCUAGACACCGUGGCUUGAGAAACGGUGAACGAAUGACUACUCUGUCCAGAAAGGGGGAGCUGUUCAAUUGGGCUGGAUCGGCAUCGUUAUAAGUUCAAACCUUGUCGCAAUGGGGCCGACUGAUUCGCCAGCACUUCCCAUUACUUCUCGUCUCGGUGUAUCGGACCUUGGUGUUGUCAUACGUUUCUGGGACUCUAUCUACUCCAUUUUUACCAACUCGGGUGCUUUCCUUUCUUUCACACGCCUUUCUCAAAGCUUUGGCUGUGAUGGAGCCCUGAAUUCAACCAAAGCCUUGUUUCUGAGUACCUGUUUUAUCAUCAUGGCUGGUUGCGGGGUCUUGUCUGUGAUUCUGCGGCGCAAGGCCUCUAGACGGGCUUUGGGGAAGAAGCGUUAUCGCCGUGCCAGACGACGAAAUAUCUCCAAGACUUCUGCAGGAACCAUUACCUCGUCUGAUGAUGAAGGAUAUGAUAGCAGUGGCUCGUUACGGCAUGGCACAGUCAGCGGAUUGUCAGGGGAGAAGGCGGAGCCUCAGCACCGCGAGCAGCCAGACGACGCGCAAAGCACAGACCCGGGCCUCCUCAAGAAACAUUCGACCUAUGUCUCCUAUACUACAUCUGUUGCGACAUAUCCGUCCGUGAGGACAUUUUAUAGGCCGCAUCCACAAAAGGACAAGUUGCCGAUAAAACCAUCUCCAAUCCCGCUGUUUGUCUUCGUGCAUGGGCUGGGUGGAUCCCUGGCCCAAUUCAAUCAUCUGCUGACAAGCUUGUCUAAUGUCGGACCGUGCUUUGGGAUAGAUCUCCCGGGCUGCGGAUUAUCGAGUUUUGAGCCUACCUCCUGGGAUGCAUAUACGGUCGAGGCACUUGCAGAAUUGCUUGCCACGGCUAUCGAAGAACACCGUGACAAGGAAGCAGGCCAGGGAAUAGUUUUAAUUGGCCACAGUUUGGGCUGUUCCCUUUCAGCGAUGUUGGCGUCUUCCACCUCUCUUAUAGGACCCGGCCUGAAAGAGCACAUUCUUGGGCUCAUUGCUGUCUGCCCUCGAGCAUCUCCCCCGUCUUCCAAGGAAGUGACGUCCUUCCGGCGUCUGCUCCAUAUUCCAGGCCCUGUUUUUGAUCUCUGGCGCUACUGGGAUCGACGAGGCGGGCUGACGAGCGCUAGUGUCAAUCGACUCGUUGGCGCAGAUGCUGAUCCCGAUACAAGAGGUCUCCAAGUGCGGUACAACAAGCAGAGCAAAACCCCUGUGUGGAGACGCAUGGCUUGGGGCACUCUUCCUACAUACAACAAUGUCGACGGAAAGCCUGUCGGAGGUAUUCCAGGAGAGGAGAUCUGGGUGGGAGUGAGGACACCAGUUUUACUUGUGGCCGGCGAAUCUGAUACAGUAACGAAGCCCGUCGAACUGCAAAAGAUUCUCAAGUUCUUCGGGGACAAAAGCUCAACGAUCGAAAAGGGUAGCCAUGGUAGCAGAACUAUCCCUGAUGCUUCUCGAGUUGGUAACCAAACACCUGCGCCCUAUAGUCGCUUGGCGAACGAAGAAGAGUUCGGUGUUGAGCCUCAAGUGGAUGAGAAGAACUUGCAAUCUGGUUCAGAGAAAUCAGUUCAAGCUAAACGCUCCGUCAAAACAGUCAUUCUGCCAGCUCCAGCUUCCCAUGCUCUACUUUACGAUCGCGCGACAUAUCGCACCCUAGCUGGCAUCAUCCAAGACUUCCUUCAGCAGCAUGUUGAUAACCGACUGAGUCUCGGGUGGCAGUUGCAAUAUCUUAAUACGUCAGGCAAGUGGGACGUCAAGAACCUGGUCAAGUGGAAGAAAGUCACCCCUGUUUCAGAGCGCAUGUCCGACACAUUUGUCGCGCUCAAAAUGUUACGAGAGGUUGAUGAGGAGCAUAAUCCAGUGCUUUUCUCGCAGGCGUACCGUGACCAAAUUUAUGCAGUCAUUGAUAUUAGCUACGAAAACCCGGUCUACAACCCGGCCUCGUUGGAAAAGGGGGGCAUCCACUACCACAAGCAUCCUACCGUGUCGAAGAUCCCACCAACACCAGAUGAGACUCGGGAUUUUAUUGCCUUAGUUGACAGGCUUCAGAAUGAGAUCACCGAGAAAAUGAAGAAGUCUGGCAACAACCAGACUCCGCGUCCUGUAGUUGGAGUGCACUGCCAUUACGGGUAUAAUAGGACCGGCUUCUUGAUUGUCUGCUAUUUGAUCGAACGUUGUGGUUUCAGCGUACAAGAAGCCAUUGACGAGUUUGAAAGUCGUCGCCCACCAGGCAUUCGACAUGGACACUUUAUUGAUACACUGUUUGUGCGAUACUGUGUUGGGCUUAAGAGAGCACCGACUCUUUAAAAGAUAGAUUGGUCUUCCUUUCCGUCUUUCUACUAUUUGCCUUCCCCCUUUUCUUAUCCCUCUCGCUUAUUUUCACUAUUGUUAUUGUUUUCUUCUCUCUUCGUUUGCUUGGGUUAUACGGCGUUUAGCUGGAGUGGCUUGGGACGGUGUAAUGAUGAGUUAUGACAACUACGUAUUUGAUAGACUGUAC